AGACUCCGGAGCGCGAAAACACCCCCACCUCUUGUGUUGAUGCUUAUUAGCAAACCUGCUACGAAGCACAAGCUCAAAUCCACCCGAAAAAUGGCCAAACGAAAAACAGAAAACAGAAACUUUCAAGACAGAUGGGAGACAGACUACAUGUUCAUCGUGGUAAAGGACAAACCUAUCUGUCUUGUAUGUGGCGCCAACGUGUCUGUAUCAAAAGAAUAUAACAUACGACGACACUAUGAAACGAGACACCAUGACAAGUAUAAGGAUCUGAACGCAAAUGAGAGACUAAAGAAGGUAGAAGAGAUGAAAAAAGGUCUGAUGUCACAGCAAACUAUGUUCACCAAAUCAAAAUCCCAAAGUGAGGCUGCAGUAAAGGCUAGUUUUAUUGUGGCGCAGGAGAUCGCCAAAUCAGCCCGGCCCUUUAAUGAGGGAGAGUUUGUAAAAAUGUGCAUGGUCAAAAUUUGUGAGGUCGUUUGCCCGGAAAAGAAACAGGCAUUUUUAAAUGUAAGCCUGAGCAGAAAUACUGUAGCCGAGCGUGCAUGUGAACUUGCCACCAAUCUACAAGAACAGCUGAUGAGAAAGGGAGAAGAUUUUGUUGCAUACUCACUUGCUGUGGACGAGAGCAGUGACACCUCCGAUACAGCCCAGCUGUCAAUUUUUAUUCGUGGAGUGGACUCGAAUCUUUGCGUUACAGAGGAACUUUUAGGACUAAAAUCCAUGCAUGGCACAACGACAGGAAAAGACAUCUUUGAGGAGGUAUCCAAAUGUGUCGAUGAAAUGAAGCUGCCUUGGGAUAAGCUUGUGGGACUGACCACUGAUGGAGCACCCGCGAUGUGUGGUCAAAAGAGUGGAUUGGUCGGCAGGAUGCGAGAGAAGAUGCGAGAAAAGCAGGCAGGUGAGCUUACAGUUUACCACUGCAUCAUACACCAAGAGGCCUUGUGUGGCAAAGCCUUGAAAAUGGAUCACAUUAUGAGCACUGUAACGCAAGUAGUCAACUUCAUAAAAGCAAAAGGUUUGAAUCACCGUCAGUUCAAGUCUUUCCUAGAGGAGUUGGGUGCAGACCAUAGUGACAUGCCCUAUCACACAGAGGUGAGGUGGCUGAGCCGAGGAAAAGUUGCGAAGAGAUUUUUUGAGCUGCGUGAGGAAAUUUGUCUUUUCAUGGAAAGCAAAGGGAAAGACACAACAGAGCUCAGGGAUGAAAAGUUUCAAUGUGAGCUUGCAUUUCUAUGUGACAUCAUGAAUCAUCUCGACGCGCUCAAUCUGCAGCUUCAGGGGCGCGCGCACGUCAUCACAGACAUGUACUACGCCGUGAGGGCUUUUAGAACCAAGUUGCGCUUGUGGGAGAGUCAGAUGCAGCAGGGAAACCUGGCUCAUUUUUUGUGCUGCCAAGUCAUGAAAGAGCAGACCGCUACCGCCGUGAUGCCUUUUGCACAGUUCGCUGAAAAACUCAUCUACUGGCGCUGA